GUCAAAUCUGAAAAGCUGAAGAGAGUAGUUUUCUCCACCGCUGAAAGCGUUAUACCUUCAGCAUGCCCGAUAUAAAUCGCUACCAGAUCAGUCCAAAUUUGAAACUGUCGUACAUCACAGUUGCCAAGCACCUAUGCAUCGCCACCAGAGUAUCCAGCAUACAUAAAAGCGUAUAUGGUUCUGGCCUCGACUGUGUUGUGUUUAGAGAUGAUCCUCAUGAUCGAUACAAGGUGUUCAAGCAAAAAUACUCAAUGUUCGUGCAAUUGUGCAGCCUGGCGUUGAUGCCGAGUACAGGACAGGCCCAAACCAUUAUGCGGUACAGUCUUCCGCUAUCGAAGCCUUUGAUCAGUAUGCUUUCUCUGUCAUCCAAAGUCACAUCUUUCUACCUACCCAACCUUUCAAUUUCAAUGAUUGAGAAACAUUGUAGAGUAUGGGGACAACCGGCGAAGUGCAGGUUAGAAGACGCGACGAAUUUGCUGUUGGAGAUGUGUGGUUCCUACGAAGAGUACCAAACAUGUAUCCUGAAAAAUCUGGAACAGGAUAAUCCGGAGACUGCAUCAUUCUUGAAAUAUUCGAAUCGCUCUUGCAGGCAAGUUGAGCUUGCAAAAUGCUUUGAAAUCGUUUCAAGAAGAGAUCCAGAAUUGCUCUUAUCCCUAAGAUGUGAGAAUCUGAUACCAACACCUCCUCAGCAUAUUUCUACUCGGUGGAGCUACAACUCAUACGACUAUAUAAAAAUCAAAGAAGGUGACAGUGACCUCAGCGUUGAUGUUUUAGCCACUCAUAAUUGGAUCAACUUCACGGAGCAGCUAGCAGAGCAUCACUCAGUACUCAAGCUCUUGAUCAAAGGAAGCCUACGUUUAUCGCAUUCGGAGGAUUACUUCGUGACUGUCAUGGCGUACGACAAGCUCUGGCACAGCCUGCCCCAGUGUUUUCGCCCAAGUCGAGAUGUUCUCUAUCGUGACCUGGGAAGCUACCUACUUUCCACUGUACCAAGGGUGCAGUGUGAAAAGGAACUGACCAAAGAGGAACUGCUGAACGCCAUGGAACGGUAUGGCGAGAUGAUUGUUGACAGUGCAACCCGCGAAGUGCGUUGCUGCGCGUGUAUAUCUUGCUGUAUCCUGAUAUAGUUGUGGUUGUUGUAAGUUUGCCAUCGUGGGCAAUUUGGUCCAUGACGCAAUGCCACCACAUGUACUUGUUAAGUCUGCACUGGGCUCUUUCGCUUUUUUGCCAAUUGGAUUUUGCUUGAUUUUUCCU